UCGCUCAUAUUGUUUUAAUAAAUGCAUAAAAAAUUCUAUCAUCACGGCAUGGAAAUUUCUUAUUAACUUGGUUUAUGUAUAAAAGUAUAUUUUGUUCUUUGUAUUCUUGAAAGACCAAAAUAGACACUCAUCAAAGGUUCUGGUAAUCUUCUUGUAUGUGAGGCCCAAGCCAAAACUUUCUGGAGUGUCUCUACAUUCCCAUUAGUUUAUGAACUUAAUCAGAUUUGGAUUAACUUCAAAGGACGCAACCGAUUUUAAGGCAAUGAAUUUAAGGCAAUGAGCUUUAACCAUUUUACUUGUCUCCAAGAAAUACGCAUCGCAGGGUGCACAUCUGUUGUAUCCUUUCCGGGAAAUUGUUUACCCGAAUCUUUGAAAAAACUGACAGCCAUUGGUUGCAAAAAUCUGGAAUUCCAAGCAAGAGCAGCAGAAAUUCAAUUUAGAGAAGCUAAAGAUAGACAGCUAUGAUUCACUGACCUCAUUAUCAUUGGAUGCCUUUCCCAGUCUCAAGACUCAAGAUAAGAAUGUGUGUGAAUGUGGAAUCAGUUUCAAUGUCACAGUCACCACACACUGCUCUUCACAGUUCACACUCUUAUCAUCUCUUUCUGCUCCAAAUUUGUGUCUUUUCCAGGAGAAGGACUGGCUGUCCCCAACUUAACUCAUUUUGAUGUUAGCUUCUGUGAGAAAUUGGAAGCAUUGCCUCAUGACAUGAAUACUCUUCUCCUCAAUUUGCAGUCUCUCGAGAUAGAAGGCUGCCCGGAAAUUUGUAGGUUGCCAGAGGGUGGUUUGCCGCCUAACUUGAAACGACUUCGUGUCGGAGGUUGCGAGAAACAAUUGAGGGGUCUAUCAUCCAUGGGAAACUUGGAGGCCAUCAGUCAUCUUGAAAUUUCAGGUGUUGACUGUGAGAGCUUCAAGUCAUACCCUGAUGUGGGUUUGCUGCCUCACCUUCCCAAGGUGAUGAAAGAUAUAGCCAAUGUCAUUAGAAGGUCAAGUUGUGGUCAUGCCAUCAGACAACAAUUUAGUUUCUAUCAACUUUAUUUAUUGAGAUGUUGGGACGACUUGGAGUCAAUGUCUUUAAGCUAACAAGUUGGGAGCACCACACAAUCAAGAAGGGAAUACAGUGAAUGAAGCUUUAUUAUUGGAACUUGAAGGAGAAAUUGAACUUUGAACUUUGAACCAAUAGCAGUCAUGUUUGAACUUUGAACCAAUAGCAGCCAUGUUUGAACUUUGAACCAACAUGCUAACAAAUGCUUCACUAUCUAAUACAAGGGUUAUAUCAAAUUUGAAUUGUAGUGCUUUCUUCUUCUUCUUCUUUUGGCUAAAUUUACAAUUCAAAGCUGUGAUGAUUAUAACAUCAUUGAACCAAAAUAUGUAUAUGACACAAAAGUAAAAGUAACUUCCAUUGUUAUUAAUACUCGAAUUUUGGGCAUUUCUUACAUAUCAUGUAGAUGCAGGUCUUCUUUUUCCAAUAAGUUAGACCAAUAAUACCAUGAUCUGAUGUUUUAUCAAUGAAGUAAAAAUUAAAAGUAAAAAGAAAAAAAAGAGAAAGAGAAAUCAUCAGACUCCCUUACUAAUAGCACAGAAGCUGCCUUAGUCACUAAUAGAAAUAAAUUGUAUAAAAAAUCUUACUUUUUACCUUGCUCAUACAAAAGUUGAAACACUUGAAAUUUUGUUGCUUCUUUGAUAGAUUUAAAAACACCAAAAUUAUGAGUUUCUUAGUGGGGGGAAAAAAGCUCUGGAAUCAAACUCUAAAACAAUAACUCUACUUGACAACCACUUGUAAUAGUUCAAAUAAUACCAUCAGUCUUAAUUUAAUGCUGAGUAGUAACUAAUAUGCUAUAGGAAAUUUUUCAAGUAUUCUGAGAAUAUUGAUUAUGUAGUUUUGGCUAUUGAUCUCCACCAUGCAUAUAUUUUAUAAAUCAGAUCAAUUAUUAAAACUACUGAAACACUAGUAUUCCUGAAAUAUUUGAAAUGCCUCCUAUAGGAAAUUCUAAUAACUCAGUUCAUACAAGUAAGGAGCACCACACAAUCAAGAAGGGAACACAAAGCAUGAAGCUGAAUUAUUUGAACUUGGAAGGAGCAAUUGCCCUGCAUCUGCAUCACUAUUUUGCCAUGACCCACAACCAGCUCAAUAUGAUGAUGAUAACGUAAUAUGACAUUAGAGACGAAAUUUCCACAAAGACUACAACUCACACGUCUUGGAAUCACAUACCUUGUUUUGAAAAAAAAAUGAAAAUUACAUGGAAUGCACCUUCCGAAUUCCAAAAUAACAUUCAAACACAUAAAAUUAGUAGACCCUCUUUUUAUUGAGUCAGUCGUCUUUGUCUUUUUGCCAUCAAAUUAUUGAGGACUACUUCUUCACAAUAAGCUUUGAUACACCUACACCCAGUUCAGUUACAAACCCUGCAAAAUCUUCAUUUUCACUCUCCUUCAUACCCAAUUCUGAUCACUUGUUUGAGAUCAUAUCAUAAUGGCUAGUGUAGUUGGUGGAGCUUUCCUCUCUGGCUUUAUUAGCAUUGUCAUUAACAAGUCCCUUAGAGAGGAUGCGGUCAACCAGGUCUUCGGCAAGAAACUUGGCCCUGGCUUGGUUGAGAGGCUGAAGAUUUCACUGCUUGCUGCCGAAGCUGUGCUUGAUGAUGCUGAGUACAAGCAACUGGGCGAUGAUCGUGUGAGGGAUUGGCUCAACUGUCUGAGAGAUUCUGUUUAUGAUGCUGAUGACUUUCUGGACGCUGUACACACCAAAGCCGCCACUCAAAAGGAGGUACGUUCUUCCAAGCUUAGUUUCUUCCGUAACCGACAUAGGAAGAUGGUAGAUAACAUGGAAGAGGUGGUUGCAAGAAUAGAAUUUCUUGUAAAGCAGAAAGAUGACCUUGGUCUUCAAAAGAGUACCAAGGAUAAUAACUUGUCAUCAUCAUCAUCAUCAUCAUGGCGAGAAACCACAUGUCUGAUGCAAGGGAAAAUAUAUGGCAGGGAGGAUGAUCAACAAGCUUUAACCAAAAUAAUAAAGGACAACAGUGAAUCUCAGUUAUCUGUGAUUCCUAUUGUUGGCAUGGGCGGGGUUGGUAAAACAACCUUAGCCAAAUGGGUGUACAAUUUCACAGAGGGAUUUGAUGAUGAUAAAAAAGUAUGGGUCUGCAUCUCUGAAACAUUUGAUGUUGCUGAGAUUACAAAGAAAACCAUUGAGGAGAUCACUAAAACACCUUGUACCCUUGGGAGUUUAAAUUCGCUUCAAAACGAAUUGAAGAAAAACUUGUCGGGAAAGAAGUUCUUUAUUGUUCUAGACGAUGUCUGGAGCGAAGAUGCCGAUAAGUGGGAGCAAUUUAUAACUCCUUUUCACUAUGGGGCUAAGGGUAGUACAAUUCUUCUAACAACUCGCAAUCAAGAGGUUGCUUCAGUAGUUCACACAUGUCCCUCUUACAUUCUUAAUGGGUUGUCGGAAGAGUCUUGUUGGUUAUUGUUUGCAGCCAAUGCAUGUUUUCCAGUGUCAAACGGGAACCGAAAACUAGAGGAUGUCGGUAGAAAGAUUGUCAAGAGGUGUAAGGGGUUGCCAUUAGCUGUUGAAACACUUGGGCGUUUGUUGCGAGGAAAGGACGAUGUUAAAGAAUGGAAUGCUGUUUUAAGGAGUGACAUCUGGGAAUAUUCUACGAAAAAUAGUAAAAUUAUUCCAGCAUUGUUAAUAAGCUACUUCCAGCUACCUCCUUACUUGAAGCGUUGUUUCGUUUAUUGUUCAUUGUUUCCCAAAGAUCACAGGUUUGAGAAAAAUGAACUAGUUUUGCUGUGGAUGGCUGAAGAUCUUUUAAGGGUACCAAAGAGAGGAGAGAGUUUAGAAGAGGUUGGUUCUCAGUGUUUUGAAGAAUUAGCUUCAAGGUUAUUCUUUAAAAAGCUUCAAGACAAUUACAAGUAUAUUAAAGAUUUAGCUUCAUGGUUAUUUUUUGAACGAUCUCGGUUUUUCUCUGAGAGGUUCGUGAUGCAUGAUCUCUUGCAUGACUUGGCAAUAUUCCUUGCUGGAGACUUCUAUUGUAAAAUAGAAGAACUUGGUGAACAAGAAAGAAAGAAGGUUCUCACUCGUCAUUUGUCACAUUUGCGAGGUGGAAGCUUAGAUCAUCCAAUCUCAAAAGUCUUCAAGUCCAUCGUGAAGUCAGAAUCUUUGAGGACAUCUUUGUAUGUCGAUGAUUUGUUAAGCAAGAAAAGCAGAGCAACAAAGUUGAAAUACUUGAGAGUUUUAUCCUUUGAUAAACUUGAUGUAUUACCAGAUUCAAUAGGUGAAUUGAUUCAUCUACGCUAUUUGAAUCUCUCUCAGACCGAUGUUAAGACAUUACCAGAGUCACUAUGCAACUUGUAUAAUCUACAAACAUUAAUAUUGUAUGCAUGUUAUAAGCUGACCAUGUUGCCCAAUGACAUGCAUAAACUUGUGAAUUUACGGCAUCUUGAUCUUAGGGGAACUUCUUUGGAAGAAAUGACUAGAGGAAUAAGUAAAUUGAAACACAAGCCUAUUUUAGAUUACUUUGCGGUGGGCAAGCACGAAGACAAUGGAAUACAGGAAUUAGGAGGGCUCCCAAAUCUUGAAGGAUCAUUUGAGAUUAAGAAGUUGGAGAAUGUUGUUGAUGCGAGACAAGCAAGGAGUGCAAGGAUGUUGGAGAAGAACCACAUUGACAAGUUAUCGUUGGAAUGGUCUUCAGGUAGUGAGAUGGUUUCCAACAUAGAGACUGAGAGAGAUAUACUCGAUGACUUGCAACCGCACAAUGGCUUGAAAGAGUUGAGAAUGAAGGGAUACAAGGGCGAAACAUUUCCAGUUUGGGUGGGGGACUGUUCCUACAACAAUAUGACAAGCGUAACACUAGCAUCUUGCAAGAAUUGCUGCAUGCUACCUUCACUUGGACAGCUGCCAUCUCUUAAGUACCUGAGCAUUAAAGGUUUGGAUCAGCUGAGGAUUAUUGGCGAAGAGUUUUACAAUAAUGACAGCGGUCAUCAUUCUUCGCCUAUUGCACCGUUUCCUUCACUCGAGGAAUUGGUGUUUGCUAACAUGCCAUGCUGGGAGGAGUGGCACGUACCUCACCCAGAAGCUUUUCCUCGGCUUAGGAAACUUCGAAUAAAAGAGUGUCCAACGUUAAAGGGAGAUAUGCUUAAUGCCAUAUCCUUGAGAAUGGUUUCUUCUUUGUCGGAUGCUUCCGAAGUUCGCAAGCUGGAAAUACGGGGAGAUCAUGAAGAAAGGUAUGAUGAGAUGCUAUAUCGGGAUACUUUAUCAAUUGGGGGAUGUGAAUCCGCAGUGAAGUCUGCAUUAAACCUUCUAGCUUGCUUCCCAGAAAUAUGUAUCGGGGGGUGUUCGUCUGCUGUAUCCUUUCCGGGCAAUUGUUUACCUAAAUCUCUGCAAAAGCUGAUAAUCAAUGAUUGCAGAAACUUGGAAUUUCCUGAGCAACAACAGCAGAAGUAUGAUUUGGUAGAGCUAAAAAUACAACACAGCUGUGAUUCACUGACCUCCUUGUCGUUGGAUGUCUUUCCCAAUCUCAAGACUCUCGAUAUAUAUGGGUGUAGGAAUCUGGAAUCAGUGUCAAUGUCAGAGGCACCACACGCUGCUCUUGAAGAAGUCACCAUCAAUGACUGCUCCAAAUUAGUGUCAUUAGCAGGAGAAGGACUGGCUGCACCCAACUUGACUUAUCUCAAUGUUAGCAAAUGCUACAGGUUGGAGGCAUUGCCACAGGACAUGAAUAAUCUUCUCCCAAGUUUACGGUCUCUGGAUAUAUAUAGUUGCUCGAAAAUUUGUAGCAGGUUGCCAGAGGGUGGUUUGCCGCCUAACUUGAAAGAGCUUAGUGCGGGAGGUUGCGAGGAACAAAUGAGGAGUCUAUCAUGGAUGGGCAACUUGGACACCCUCACUCAUCUUACCAUUCAUGGUUCUGAUUGUGAUAGCGUGACGUCAUUCCUAGGUUCGCUGCCUCACCUUCCCUCCCUUACCACUCUUGAGAUAUCAUUCUUCAAGAAUCUGGAGACAUUGGAGUGCAACGAGCUUCUCCGCCUCACCUCCCUUCAACAAUUGCACAUUCAGUGCUGCCACAAGCUGGAGAAUAUGGAAGGAGAAAAGCUGCCUCCCUCUCUCUUGCGACUUAAACUUUAUUAUUGUGGUUUGCUGGGAGAACACUGCAAGAACAAGCAUCAACUAAUCUGGCCCAAAAUUUCCCACAUCCCCACCAUUCAAGUCGAUUUCAAACAUAUUUCCUAAAUAGAGAUUUCUGAGCAGGUAAUUAUUUAACUUCACAGUUCUCAUGCCACCACAAUUCAAUUAUACAUGCAUCAAUUUCCUUUUCCUAAAAAGAAAAGACCUCCUUCUUUCUUUAGACAUUAUUAACUAGUUGAACCGAUAAAU